AUGAUAGUUAAGAAAAGAGUGAAUUACGGAGAAAUUUAAUCUAAUGAUCCUGAAUUUGAAAAGAAAGUUAGACAUAUGGACAUUGAUAUGAACAAGGUGAAGAAAUAAAUACUCAAUAAGCCACAAUCUAUGAAUAGGCAAUAGUAAUCUAAUCAGCUAUCAAGAAAUAUCUCUGCUAGCAGAUUAAAUAACAAUAGCUAGCAUAAUGUUUCAAAGGGAAGUUCCAAUUAUACCAGACCUGGUUCAGAACUGAAAAAUUAUAAGCAACCUUUAAAUAAGUUUGCUCCAACUAAGCCUCUCAAAAAUUCUUAAAAUUUGAACAAGAAUUUAGAAUAGCAGUUUGAGGACACUUUGGAUAUCUCUUAAGCUAACUAAAACACUACCUUGCUUCCUUAGAAUUGCUCAUAAGAUUCUGAUUAGUUGCUGUCAUCACAACUUACUCAACAGAUUAAUCAGUAGAAGAUAAUGUUUCCCUAUGAUAUUUGUGGAGAAUAUUACGAAAUUGAAAGGAAAAUAAGAGUUGAUGCUAAUACUUUCACACCCUAUUUAGAAUAGAUCACUGAGACUGAGAAUAAUUAUGUAAAAAGUGUAUAUUUUGUGGAAAGACGAUAAGAUCUUAAAAAAGGAUAAGAUGGAAUAGGGAAAUAAAUAUAAGUGAAGAAAAAGUAAAAAUAAGGCUAAGGCUUAGGAAUUUCCUUAGGAAGUGCAAAUUCAUCUCUCAUAAACCCUUCAAUAAUUUCUCAAUAGCCUAUAGAUAAGUCAAUGAAUAAUUAUGAAUCACAGCAAUUAUUUGAAGAUAAGAGUAGAUUAGAUAGUAAUCUUGAUGAGCUGAUCAGUAAUUUGAAUUAGCAAGAUUAAGAUAAGAAUAAAGAGAUAGAAGAUGUACUGAUUUAGAUUGAAAAUUUAAUUGAUCACGAUACAAAGCUUCUUGAAUUUAGAUGUUAUUCAGAAAUACCUUUCUUAGUAAAAUCCAAGUAAAGUACUGAAGCAUUAGCAAAUAAGCUUAAACUUUAGAUUAAACUUUUAGAAUCACAAAAUCUAACCUAAAAUGGAGAACUAUAACUAAAAACACAAGAAUUCUAAAGAGAAAAAUUAAAAGAAAUAGAAUUUAUAUAUGAAUAGAACGGCUAAACAAAUUUGAUGGAUUUAAGUGAAAUAGAUUAAGUAGUAGCAUCAAUUUAAGAACAGAUUGUCUAAAAUUAGUUGGGUGUUAAGAGAGAAGAGGAGUAUUUAUAGAUGUAUGUAUUUUCUUCUAAUGAGCAUAUUAAGCAGAUUUCUGAAAUUGCAGGUCUGUAAGAUAAUUUAGAUUAGGAGUUGCUUAUUCUUCAAUCUGAGUUAGCCAAAGAAUAAAAGCACGAAUAGGAGUUGUUAAAGGAGAAAAAGUCUCAGUCAAUGUUUUAAUAAGGUUAUCAAAGUGAGAUCAAUAUAGCAUUAGAAGAAAUUCAGAGUAUUUAAAACUUAUCAAACUCUCAUAAAUCAAAGUUUAACUAGAUAUUAGAUUAGUCAAAAGAGGUAAACUAACAAAAACAAAGCCUAAUAUAAUAACUAGAAUAAGAAUCACAAUAAUUGAAAUCUGAACAAAAACCAUUAAAAGAAUAAAAUGAAGAGAUGCUUUCUACUCGAAAGAUUGGAAGAGAAUUUGAUGAAUGCAAAAAUUUAGUACCUUCGAUAGAUGAUAAAUUAGAUUAAUAUUUUGAAGGUCCUUACCACACUAUGAUUGAAGAUCCAAGUUAUCUCAGUUACACCUUUGAUGGCUUAUAUGGAAUGGAAUAAAUCAAGUAAUUUUAAGAGGAUUAGUAAAGAAAGUAGCUAGAUAUUUAGACUCAUGAAACUGAGUAAAAUUAAAGCUCCAAUGAAAUAUACAGUAUUGAAAAUCAGGAACACAUCAAUAACAUGUUAACGACAAUAAAGGAUCUACUAUAGAAGGAAGAAAUCCAUUCAUAAAACUUAGAUGAAUAAAUUUAGAAUGACAAUCAAUAAUUAAGACUUAUAAAUGAGGAGAUGAAACCAAUAAAUGAUAAGAGACUAGAAGAAAUCCUCAUUAAAUAGCAAGAGAUCAAUGACUUAGAGACUCAAAUAAAGCAUUUAGAAAAGUAAAUAGAUUAAUAAAUGCCAGGUCUAUUAAAUGACUUUGACUUAAAGGAAUUUUAUGAGAAUUAUGACCUUCAAAAUAAUAAACUCGAAGAUACUCUCGAUUUUCUUAAGAAAAUAGUUUAUGAUAAAAAAUUUUAGAAAAAAGAGUUAGAAGCUGAGUAAAGGAGGAAGGAUUAAUAGAUAGAGGAGCUGGAAAUAUUGACUGGCAGAGACAAGAAAGUUAUUAAGGAGGUACUCAUUGAUAAGAUCAGGGAAAAUAAGGUUGAUGAGAUAAUGGAGUAAAUUAGUGAGAAUUCACCAGUGCCUAUCACCAAGAUAUCUGAUAAUUACUACGAAUAUGGAACAAGAAAAAUUUAUGUAAAGAUGGAAAAUGUAUCAGAAAUUUCAAAUCCAUUUAUAGAUAACGAAGAUUUCGAGCCAUAAGUUAGCUAGCAGCUAUUAGUCAGAGAUAGAGGUGGAUAAUAUAUAGAUAUCAACCUGUUUAUCUAAAAAUACGAAGCUGAAGAAUAUGAAAGGAUUUAGUCUGGAUAAACCAGGUAUGAUUUUUGA